AUGGCGGCAAGCGGGAAUAAUCGUUCGAUGGAGUCACGGACUGGGAGGAGUAAUCAGAGAUACAACUCGGAAGGCGAGCGCCUGGUUGCCGGCAUGGUGCCGUUAACACAGGACAAGACGUACGUCAUGUUGAUCCAGUCGGCGAGGCGGAAAGGCUGGGUGCUGCCCAAGGGCGGCUGGGAGACGGACGAGGAGUGCCACGAGGCUGCGGCCCGCGAGGCCUGGGAGGAGGCCGGCAUCUUCGUACAAAUCGACUAUGACCUAGGCGACAUCCGCGAGACGCACCCGCGCAAGAAGGCGUCGUUAUUACCCUCAGCCUCGUCAUCCAAAGGCUCCAGCAAGGAUUCGUCCAAAGACGGGAAGGACUCGACCAAGGAGAAGCCCCGCACGCUCUACAGGUUUUACGAGGCCACCGUUACCAGCGAGGAAACCGACUGGCCCGAGCGGGAGAAGCGCACGCGCCAGUGGUUUACCUUCGCCGAGGCCAGCGAGCUGCUCAAGGACCGGCCCGAGCUGCAGACCGCGCUGGAGCGCUCCACCAUGAAGAGGUAG